UGCGUCUGUGUCCCGCCCUCUCGCGGCUCACUCGGGGCGCUAACUCGGGCUGACAUCGACUGCACCGCGGCUCUGGGACGCCAGCGAGAUGGUGCGCGGCCGGAUCUGCCGGCUGUCCGUCCGCGACGUGCGCUUCCCCACGUCGCUCGGGGGUCACGGCUCGGAUGCCAUGCACACAGACCCUGACUACUCAGCUGCCUAUGUCGUCAUAGAGACCGACGCCGAAGAUGGGCUCAAGGGAUACGGAAUUACCUUCACUCUGGGAAAAGGCACUGAAGUUGUUGUCUGUGCUGUGAAUGCCCUCGCCCACCAUGUGCUUAAUAAGGACCUCAGGGACAUUGUCGGUGACUUCAGAGGCUUCUACAGGCAGCUCACGAGUGACGGGCAGCUCAGAUGGAUUGGUCCGGAGAAGGGCGUGGUGCACCUGGCAACGGCGGCCGUCCUAAAUGCGGUGUGGGACCUGUGGGCAAAGCAGGAGGGCAAGCCUCUGUGGAGGUUACUUGUGGAUAUGGACCCCAGGACACUGUUAUCCUGCAUAGACUUCAGGUACAUCACCGAUGUCCUGACUGAGGAGGAGGCCUAUGAAAUACUGCAGAAAGGUCAACUUGGUAAAAAAGAAAGAGAAGAGCAGAUGUUGACACACGGCUACCCUGCCUACACCACAUCCUGCGCCUGGCUGGGGUACUCAGACGACACAUUGAAGCAGCUCUGCACAGAGGCACUGAAGGACGGCUGGACCAGGUUUAAAGUAAAGGUUGGUGCUGAUCUCAAGGACGAUAUGCGUAGAUGCCGACUCAUCAGAGACAUGAUUGGACCAGAGAAGGCUUUGAUGAUGGAUGCCAACCAGCGCUGGGAUGUGCCCGAGGCAGUGGAGUGGAUGUCUAAGCUGGCUGAGUUCAAGCCUUUGUGGAUUGAGGAGCCAACCUCUCCUGAUGACAUUCUAGGGCAUGCCACCAUUUCGAAGGCGUUGGUCCCGUUAGGAAUUGGCGUUGCCACAGGGGAACAGUGCCACAAUAGAGUGAUAUUUAAGCAACUCCUACAGGCAAACGCCUUGCAGUUUCUCCAGAUCGACAGCUGCAGACUGGGAAGUGUCAAUGAGAACCUCUCAGUAUUACUGAUGGCCAAAAAAUUUGAAAUUCCUGUUUGCCCCCAUGCUGGUGGAGUUGGCCUCUGUGAAUUGGUUCAGCACUUGAUUAUAUUUGACUACAUAUCAGUCUCCACAAGCCUUCAAAACAGGAUGUGUGAAUAUGUGGACCACCUGCACGAACACUUCAAGUACCCUGUGACAAUCAAGCAAGCAUCCUACAUGCCUCCUCAGGAUGCUGGCUAUUCAACAGAAAUGAAGGAGGAAUCUGUACAGAAACACCAAUAUCCAGAUGGUGAAGUCUGGAAAAAACUCCUCGCUGCUCAAGAAAAUUAAGUGUUCAGCCUUGACACCUUUUACCUUUUUAAAGUGAAAAGGCUUAAAAUGUCUUGGA